CGCUUGUGGGUCUGUCCACUCUUCUCCUUGUCUGUCUUGCUUCUCUGGACUGCCCUCUCCCUCGAGGGUUUUCUUUUUUUCUUUUUUUUUUCCCUCUUUCUUUGUUUUUGUUUUUGUUAGUUUCUUUCUUUCUUGCCUCUAAAAUUCCCUCGCUCGACAAUAAACCCUAGAACUAUUUGUGCCUCAACAAUUAUCGAUGAUGGAACAACAGCAGAGGCUAAAGCAACAGGCAAUGAUGCAGCAGGCUCUGUACCACCACCCUGCUCUCUUGGCUGCUCCUCAGAUAGAGCCUAUCUUGAGUGGAAAUUUGCCUCCUGGAUUCGAUACAAGCACAUGCCGCAGUGUGUACGUUGGAAAUAUUCCUGCACAGGUCACUGAACAACUUCUACAAGAGGUUUUCGCAAGUACUGGUCCUCUCGAAGGAUGCAAGCUUAUUAGGAAAGAGAAGUCGUCAUAUGGUUUUGUGGAUUACUACGAUCGCAGAUCAGCUGCUCUUGCUAUUGUUACUCUUAAUGGGAGGCAUCUGUUUGGGCAGCCUAUUAAAGUCAAUUGGGCUUAUGCUAGUAGUCAAAGAGAGGAUACAUCAGGCCAUUACAAUAUUUUUGUUGGGGACCUUAGCCCUGAAGUUACAGAUGCAACACUGUUUGCUUGUUUCUCUGUGUAUCCUAGCUGUUCAGAUGCAAGGGUUAUGUGGGACCAGAAGACUGGACGUUCAAGGGGUUUUGGGUUUGUUUCUUUUCGGAAUCAGCAGGAUGCUCAAGGCGCUAUAAAUGAUUUAAAUGGCAGGUGGCUUGGAAGCAGACAGAUCCGUUGUAACUGGGCUGCUAAGAGUGCAAGUGGUAGCAUUGAGGACAAGCAGAGCUCAGAUGCCAGAAAUGUUGUAGAACUGACAAAUGGAAACUCAGAUGCUCAGGAGAAGAUUAAUGAGGAUGGUCCCGAGACUAAUCCACAGUAUACCACCGUCUAUGUUGGCAAUCUUGCUCCAGAGGUCACUUCAGUUGAGCUCCAUCGGCACUUCCAUGCUCUUGGUGCUGGAACUAUUGAAGAUGUUCGGAUUCAACGAGAUAAAGGUUUUGGUUUUGUGAGAUAUAGCACACAUGCUGAAGCUGCUUUGGCUAUUCAGAUGGGCAAUGCCCGAAUUGUAUGCGGAAAACCGAUCAAGUGCUCGUGGGGUAGCAAACCCACACCACCAGGGACGAGCUCUACUCCUCUUCCUCCACCAGCUGUGGGGCCUGUCCCAGGUUUCAGUGCCGGAGACCUUGCAGCCUAUGAGCGCCAGAUUGCUUUGAGCAAAAUGAGUGGUGCUCAAGCUCUGAUGCACCCUCAGGGGCUCCAUGCCUUCAAGCAGGCAGCCCUGGGGAUGGGUGCUGCAGUAGCUAAUCCUGCAAUGUACGAUGGUGGGUUCCCAAGCGUCGCCACAACCCAGCAGCAGCUUAUGUACUACCAGUAACAAUGGUGCCGAAAAACUCCGGUAUACCUUGUCAGGGAGCGUGUUAAUCAAGUUUAGGAUUAUGUUUUUACUUUUUACAUAUCCUUUGCACUUUGCGCCGACCGUUAGGGUGGCUUUUGUACCUCUUACAAGCUGAGGUUUUAUUAGUAUUGUGUUAUGUUAACAUUCUCUGAGAUGUUGGCUUUAUUUAAUCAGGUUUUCUGGUAGCUGCUGGUUUCUUCCGUUUUCAGCAGACGUCGCUGUAGUACUUGGCGUGUAUACUGUUCUCUGUAUGUUCCUUUAGGCUGUUGUCAUGGGGGUUGUUUGGUUUGGAGAUAACUUUAAUGGUGUAAAAUCUGCUGUUCUUGGUCACAAAUAGAAACUUAGAACAUAUUUAUUUU